AUGGCUCUACUAUUCCUCUACUUUUCAGCACUUAUCUCCUUUAUCUUCUUAACCCUUAUAGUACAAAAAAUAGGAAGGAAACCCAAGAAAACUGAUGACACAACUUUUAAAAUACCCGAUGGUCCUAGAAAGCUACCUAUUAUAGGAAAUAUAUACAAUCUGUUAUCCUCUCAACCCCAUAGAAAAUUAAGAGACAUGGCCUUAAAAUAUGGACCCUUGAUGUAUCUUCAACUUGGAGAGGUUUCUACUAUUGUGAUUUCAUCCCCUGAGUGUGCUAAGGAAGUAAUGAAAACCCAUGACAUUAACUUUGCCACAAGGCCUAAAGUCCUAGCUAUUGAUAUAAUGUCUUACAAUUCAACAAAUAUAGCUUUUGCUCCUUAUGGCAAUUAUUGGAGGCAGCUAAGAAAAAUUUGCACAUUGGAGCUUUUAAGCCUAAAACGUGUCAACUCAUACCAGCCAAUUAGAGAAGAAGAGCUGUCCAAUCUUGUCAAAUGGAUUGAUUCACAUAAAGGAUCCUCCAUCAACCUCACUCAAGCAGUACUUUCAUCAAUUUAUACAAUUGCUUCAAGGGCUGCCUUUGGCAAGAAAUGCAAAGACCAAGAAAAAUUUAUAUCAGUGGUUAAAAAAACAUCAAAACUUGCUGCAGGUUUUGGCAUUGAAGAUUUGUUUCCUUCUGUUACUUGGCUUCAACAUGUCACUGGUGUGAGGCCUAAGAUUGAGAGGUUGCAUCAACAAGCUGAUCAGAUAAUGGAAAACAUCAUUAAUGAGCAUAAAGAGGCAAAGUCAAAAGCCAAAGGUAACCAAAGUGAAGCAGAAGAUCUUGUGGAUGUUCUCAUACAAUAUGAGGAUGGUAGCAAGCCGGAUUUUUCCUUAACUCGAAACAACAUCAAGGCCAUAAUUCUGGACAUUUUUGGUGCUGGAGGUGAGACAUCAGCAACAACCAUAGAUUGGGCAAUGGCUGAAAUGGUGAAGAAUUCAGGAGUAAUGAAGAAAGCACAAGCUGAGGUGAGAGAGGUAUUCAAUAUGAAGGGAAGGGUUGAUGAAAAUUGCAUCAAUGAACUCAAAUAUUUGAAACAAGUUGUCAAAGAGACCUUGAGGUUACACCCUCCAAUUCCUCUUUUGCUUCCAAGAGAAUGUGGUCAUACAUGUGAGAUACAAGGGUACAAAAUACCAGCCAAAAGCAAGGUCGUAAUCAAUGCUUGGGCAAUUGGAAGAGAUCCAAACUAUUGGACUGAACCAGAGAGGUUUUAUCCUGAGAGAUUCAUUGAUAGCACUAUUGAAUACAAAGGGAAUGAUUUUGAGUACAUUCCUUUUGGUGCUGGAAGAAGAAUAUGCCCGGGCAGCACGUUUGCUUCGAGAAUUAUUGAACUGGCUCUUGCAAUGUUGUUGUAUCACUUUGAUUGGAAGCUUCCAAGUGGAAUUAUAUGUGAAGAAUUGGACAUGAGUGAAGAGUUUGGAGUCGCAGUUAGAAGAAAAGAUGAUCUAUUCUUGGUUCCUUUUCCUUAUCAUCCUUUGCCUUUCAUAUGAACUUCACAAUGAGAAACUAAAACAUAUGGUGAUGCCUAUAAUAUUUACUGCAGAAUAAAGAUCUACUGUCAGUUGAAAUAAGAUUUUGUUCGGCGAUGUUUGGCUGUAAUAGAAAAUGAAAUUGUGUAACUAAUAAUGCAUAGUUAAAAAAACCUUUAUCCUCUUGUUAAUUAACUUUGAUUCCACAUCAGUUGCUCACAUUUUCUCAAGAA